UGGCACAAGGAUGCGGUUUUUUAUAUUGCUUAGAUAAUUUUUCGUAUCACAAAUUCGUGGAUAAUCAGCGGAAGAUCAAAGAUUAUCGCAAUUUAACACAAAUAAUUUCUUUAUUCUUAUUAAUCAACAUGUUUACUCAUUCAUUUUGUGCUUUGUAAAGUAGCAACAUCCCAAAUGAAUCAUCAUAUACUCGAAACAAAUUUUACCACACCGUGGACAUUUGCUAAACAACACCAUGAAACGUCAACAAUUUAAAGCAACACCAAUACCACCAUAUAAAGUAGCUGAAGAAGUUAGUGUUGAAGUUGGUUUACCAAUUUGGGCAAUUUAUUUCACAACGAUUUUGACGGUGGUAAUCAUGUUGGGAAUUUGCUUUUGUUGUAUCCGCCGUUGCAUCAAUAAGAGAAGGGCAAACAACGACAAGAAUGCUAAAAAUGGGGAAGCUACUUUACAAAAGUUAACCAAAAAUGCCGAAGAGUUAGAAUAAGGUGAAAAAAUAAUCUUGUAAAUUUAAAAUAAAAAAAUUAAACGAAAAAA